AAAAGCACUCACUAUAAAUCAUUUUCUUCAAGCCUUAGCGGCCGCAGAAGCGACGAACUUCACCGGAGCAGCGAAAGUUGAAUACGAUACGCGAAAAUGGUGAACGUUCCCAAGACAAAGAAGACGUACUGCAAGAACAAGGAAUGCAAGAAGCAUACAUUGCACAAGGUGACCCAGUACAAGAAGGGAAAAGACAGUCUUGCUGCUCAAGGGAAACGUCGUUAUGAUCGUAAGCAAUCUGGUUAUGGUGGUCAGACCAAACCUGUCUUCCACAAGAAGGCCAAGACGACGAAGAAGAUUGUUCUAAGGCUUCAGUGCCAGAGCUGCAAGCAUGUCUCCCAGCAUCCGAUCAAGAGAUGUAAGCACUUCGAGAUCGGUGGAGACAAGAAGGGCAAGGGAACAUCUCUCUUCUAAGCCAGUUUUUAUCUUAAAACUCUCAGUUCUGCCCUUUUUCGGAACUGGAAUCAAUCUGCUUUAAACUCUUUUAAGAUUUGCUUUGUUGCUCGUACAUGUUCAAACCGAUCCCAGGUGAUUUUAAUCAAUAGAUUUAUUGUAUUUGGUGGAUUUCUUUAAUAUUUGUGCUCCAUAUGUCAAAUUGAUGGAAGUUUUUCUUUAAA